AUCUUAUAUAAUUUUAAAAAGAGUUCCUGGGGUUUGUAAUUAUUUAUUUAAUACUGACAAUUGUGAAUUCAAUGGGAGGGAAACAGAAAUAUUGUUUUUUCUCCUUAUUGUGGUCAUGAUGAGGACACGUAAAGCAGGAAGUUUAACAAUGAUAAAUUAUCUAUCUUCAAGCUUUAUUUAUACAAAAAUUGCAAACUUAAUUUUAUGGUUUAAUGCAGAUUAUCGAAUGGGAAUCAUUUAUGGUGUAAUUUUUAUAUUGGGCGCACUUUUACUACCUGAACCUACUUAUUCUGGCCCGAGUAAUGUGAGUUAUUUUCGCGGAGAACCGAGCCUAACAGAACAAAUAUUAAAUGAUAAUAAAUCUGUUUGGCUAAUUACAUUCUAUACAGUAUGGAAUCCUGCUUGUGUAAAUUUUGCUCCUCUCUUUGCAAAACUAAGUACUGAUUAUGGUAUUGAGAGUCUACGAUUUGGUAAAAUUGACAUAGGAAGAUAUCCUGAAGCAGGAAAGAAGUAUCAUGUAAGCGAUAGCAGUAUGAGCAAACAAUUACCAACAGUGAUACUCUUUCAACAAGGCAAAGAGGUAUUGAGACGACCAACAGUAGAUUCAAAAGGAAAAUUGAUCAAGUUCCAUUUCUCUGAAGAAAAUACCAAGUUAGCAUUUGGAUUAAAUAAUUUGUACCAACAAGCAAAAACUAAUUUGAAAGAAAAAAAUAAUACAAUUGAGAGCAAAAAAGGUCGCUAGAAUCCUAAAAAAGUAUUGUUAGGACUUUACAAUCUAAGUAUUUAAAAAUAUAAGUAACAGUUUAAUUAAGCUUAGAUGCAUAUUUUGUUUAAUUGGAGAGAUAUUGAAAAUUCAUAUAAGUAAGGUCUAUCAAUAUAUUAACAACACAUUUGUAUAAGUAGUGGUAGUUUUUUCAUGAUUCAAAAAAUUAUAGCUGAAGUAUUUAUUUGUACAUAAUAAGUUUAUUUAUUGUAGAAUUUAACUGAAAUAGAAUUUAUGUUUAAUUAAAUUUACUUGAAUCUCUAUAAUCAUUAGUAUGAACAUGUUAAUAUAUUUGUCUAGGAUUGUGAUAUUUUAGCCAAAGUCCUUAAGGCUAUUUGAGGUACUGAUAUCUCUAUAAUAUUUACACAUUUAUUUCAGUUAUUUUCAUGUAUACAAAAUAUUUUAAUUACAUGUGCCAUUUGUAUCAAAAUGUUUAUUAUAGUAUACAUUUUUUCAUCUUAAUUACAAACAAAAUAGACAGUA